AUGAGUUCUCCAUCUCCAGGUGCCCCCGCCACUGCACCAAGUACUGGUACUGCCUGUCGCGACGACGUCGCUGCAGGAGGCGUUCAACAUAGUGCAGUUAACCCCCUGCCUCUUCACCGAGAUCAGGUGGUGGUCGGUGAAUCUCGACGCUUUGUCGAAGAGCUAGUGCACGCGGUGCACGGUCUGCGUGACCGAGUGGCGCGUAUUGGGGGACAACCGAAUCUUUUCUUGAGAGUACCUCGACUUGUGGCAUAG